AUGACCUCCGCAUCAACCACAGGAGGUGCAGUUAGCUCGGAGUCCUUCACAAUUCUCUAUUUCGCCUCGGCGUCCCAAUACACCGCCAAGAACACAGAGCGUCUGCCCGCACCAACCACAUUCUCGGAUUUAUUCCCACUUCUUGAAAAGCGAUACCCCGGCAUCAACGAUGCUAUCUUGCGUAGCUCUGGUAUCAGCGUCGAUGGAGAAUAUGUUGACCUCGACGAUGAGCCCAACCGAUUAAUCCAGUCUGGAGCGGAGGUCGCCAUCAUCCCGCCUGUCAGCUCGGGGUGA